UUUAACUACAGCAAAGGAACUGCUUGGAUAAUUUGAGGGAAAACAUUCAAGAUCUUACGACGAAUAUUUGGAUCACGGACAGUCAAAAUUGCGCCUCAACGAGGCUUGGUUUCAAUGGACAGUACGUCCAUUAUAACACAAGUCAAUAAAGAAGAUGAAGCUCUUGAAGUGAGCAAUUCCUACACUCAUGAAAAACUUCCCUCGACGGUAACUAAAAAGCCAAGGAAUCGCAAUAUAUUUUCGUCGUUCUUUUGCUGUUUUGGAGCUCAAUCGACUGCUGGAACUCCAUGUAUUGCAGUUACACAUACGAACCAUAAUCACAAUGCCAACACCAUAAGCGACGAAAAUGAUGCUAAGUUAUGCAAAUAUCUACUGCCUCCAAUUAGGCAUCAGGACAUGGGAAAGAAGUGCGUAGUCAUUGAUCUUGAUGAAACACUUGUUCACAGCUCAUUUAAGCCUGUAAGUGGUGCAGAUUUUAUAGUUCCUGUUGAAAUUGAUGGCACAGUUCAUCAGGUAUAUGUUCUUAAAAGACCUCAUGUAGAUGAGUUUUUAAAGAAGAUGGGAGAACUAUUUGAAUGUGUACUUUUUACUGCUAGCUUAGCAAAGUAUGCUGAUCCAGUGGCUGACUUGUUAGAUAAGUAUGGGACCUUCAAGGCUCGUCUUUUUAGAGAAUCUUGUGUAUUUCACAGAGGAAACUAUGUCAAGGAUUUAAGCAAAUUGGGGAGAGAUUUAAAGCAUUGUCUUAUAAUUGAUAAUUCACCAGCAUCAUACAGUUUUCAUCCAGAAAAUGCUGUCCCUGUUGUAUCAUGGUUUGAUGAUCCAAAGGAUAUCGAACUUCUUAACCUUAUUCCUUUCUUCGAAGCAUUGCGUGAUACGGAUGACGUYUGUGCAUACUUACGGACAGUACACCACACAAACAACUAUAGGCAUCCAAGUAUUGACCAAAGCUAGUAUGUUGAAGAAGCUCCCAAGUUAGUAGGCAAGUUUUUGUCACUAUGCAAAUAAUCCAUAGAUUGGAUUACUGUCUAUUUUUAUACAUAGAAUUGAUCUAUUUUUAUUACCAAAGUCAAAGAGUAAUUUAAAUAUUAUACAUUUUGUAUUGAAUUGAAUGUUGCCCACUACAUUGAAUAUAAUCUGAUUCAAUGGCUCUUUUAUAUCAACUCUAUCAUAUGUUUUAUAAAACUUUUUAUGUAAUCUGCAAAUUUUUAUCACUUCACCCGAGCAAGUAAUUCAUAAUCUUUUAUAAAAUGUCACAUUGUCUGGGGAAUCCACUUCCAACCCAGUAGAAUAAAUCUUAUAUAAUUGAGUAAAGUAAUAAAAAAUGUUGAAGCAAAGCCUUAAUAGCGCAAGGAACAAUGACAUAUGAAGCAAUACACACUGUCAUUUUAAUAACGUUUUAUGGCCGGAACCUUAGAGGGGGGGGGGUUCGUAUUUGACAUUUUUUAUAGUUCAAAUAAUGUUGAAAAAAUUAAGAGAGUCAGGGAAGGUUUGUUCACUCCUUCGAACUCCCCCCUGCUUGCAAUACACAUUGUUAUUUUAUCCAUUCAUGAGCUUUGUUCUACCAGUAGUUGGCAACUCCAUCAUUUUUUUGUUAUGCUUAACCAUUGAUGCUGCCACAGAACCUUAUUUCAGUCUGUGUUUGGCUGGCCAUGCACUCUAAUAAUGUAAUAGCAAAGACUAAAUUGGGCUGUUCUUAGUUUACUAUAAUUCCAAUACCAGGUAUUAAGUAAGAUGUGUUAUUAAGGUGUGUUGUUGGUGACRGUCACUGUCAGUAGGAUGUAGAUAGGCAGGGUAAUUGUAACAGCAUUAACAAUUACUGCUGCACAACUUUGUUGAUACUUCUCUUUGUGCUUCUUGCUUUUGAUACUAUACUUGUUAUUGAAUGAAUGAAACAAAAUGAAAAUUGCUCUACAUUUCUUAAGCAGAAUAUCAAUAAAUAUGAUGAAAUUAAGAACAUGAAAUUUUUAAUUCUAUAGAGAGUUUGCAUCAUAGUUGGCAGCCAUGACAGGAUCGAGGCACAAAAAUAGAGCAUUUCCUCCCUGGGAAAGUGAAUCCUUUCUCAUGUGAAACAGACUAGACCUGCCUUCUAUCAUGGCUGCCAUCAUGUGAUGGUGCAAAGACUCUAUUUCUUUUUAUAUAACCACUAUUAUUGUUAAAUGAAUUUUCACUUUUYACACCAGAUAAAUUUUAAUAAUAAUAAUAAUAAUCAUAUUUUUACUCCCCAAAAAUCUAUACUUUUAUUUUAUAUGCAAUGCAGAUUAGACUGAAGAAAGAGAAUAUAGAAUACAACAAUUGAUAUUCCUGAUAUCAAUUUAUGAUGCUCUAGAGUUACAGUGCUAAUAAGUUUACCAAGGCCACCCAAACAAAUUUGAAAUCAAAUUCACAAAUCACAUUUUUAAUGCUGAUUAAUAACAGGUUCAUGACAAAUUCUGGAGUUUAAAAAGUUUCUAGUUCACUCCUGAUCAUACACACGCAUAUUAUGAAGCAAAAUAUAUGCUUUUGAACAUAUCAAUUGUGAUUGGCUAAUUUGGGUGGCCUUGAAGGUGUCUACUUCACCCAUGAAACAGUAAUUAUUAAAAGUAGCAUAAACAAAUGUGUUACAUACUAAGCCAUUGUUUUCUUUAAACUGUAAUUUCUGUUUCAUAGGAUUACAUUAAUGUAAGUAAAAUUAAUCUAUAAAUUUACAAUGAACUAAAAUAAAUGGUAAUCAGAGUGACUAGAAGACUGUUUUUAUCUAACCUGUAAACAUUAUACAUUAGGCUAAUUGACAAUAGAAGAGACUGUUAAAGUUACCAAUAAGAUUUUUUCUUUUGAAUUUAUUCAACAAUAGGUUAUUUGCAUGAUGCUAUCAUUACCUACCACUACCAAAAUCAUUUAGUAUUCCUCAUGACAAUUGAUGCUAAAGAACUGAAUAAAAAAGUGUGCACGGGGUUCUGGUAGUGGUAGUAUUAAUGAUGCUAUAGUGUAAUUUGCCUAUUUAGACUGAAAUAGUGAACUUUUAUGACCAUCACAUGGCACAUUCUAGGCCAAUGAGAAGAGAGAGAAAUUGGACUUUGACACAUAUAACAAUUUCUUUUGUUUUUCAUCACGACCUCAAAAAACRUUUUUAAAAGGUCAAGUAAAAUCACUCUAGUCCAGAUAUUUCUUCAAAAGAAGGAUAAUUUAGCAAAAUGUUUUCCAUGAUUUCUAGAACUUCUGGCAUCUCUGAUUAACCACUGGACAAUAGAGCCCUUUCAAAACUAUUGGAUAUAAGGUGAAUAGGAAGAUCCAAAAGAAAUACCCAUUUUCUCAAUAGUAUUUGUAGCUUUUCUUUCAUAUAGGGGUCCUGUUAACCUYGCAUCCAAGAAAGUUUUGAAAGAAGUCCAUAAAUGUUAAAUAUAUUUCCAUUCAAAGCCAUCUUUAUUAAUAAUCGCGAAUUCUUUUUAUUGUUAAAGUCUCCAAUUGGUAGAAAUCUUUAUCUGUUUUUUACAAUAGUAUUGUGCAAAAAUAGAAUUUUUCAGUGAAGAAACCUAUUUUUGUAUCUAUUUUGUAACGAAAUAUUUUUGUCCUAAACGUUUGUUAAACUUGUACAUAUUGUUAUAUAUUGGAUUUUUUAAUUUUUUWAAAUUGUUUUGUGUUGAUUUUGUGAUGUUUUUAAAUAAUAGAAAAAAACUACUAUAAAAUAUUGUAAAUUUUCACUGUGAAGUUCACAUAAAAUUGACAUCCUGAUUUUA